AUGAAAGUCGCCUUUGGAUUGUCUGCGCUCUUCACCUCCGUCGUCGCCGAUCUGAAAAUCGUCGGGGGUAAGGAAGCGGCGGUUGGCCAGCACUUGUACGUGACAGGACUUCGCUCCUCCGCCUCUGGAAUGACCGCGUGCGGAGGCAGUUUGAUUGCCCCCAACGUCGUCUUGACCGCCGCCCACUGCAUCGGACAAGGUGACGACUAUGUGGCGAUUGGAUCACACUAUAACAGUGGCACAAAGGACGGUGAGCAGAUCAAGGUCAAGAAAGAGAUCAAACACCCCAAGUACAAAGCGAAGAUCUAUUCGUACGACUUUGCAGUGUUGAUUCUAGAGCGCGACUCCAAGUUCCCGGCCGUGGAAGUGUCCUUCGACACUGUGGCAGCCGACACCCCCACGGUUGUGCGUGGCUGGGGCACCACGUCUUCGAACGGGUCUCCGUCCAAGGUCUUGUUGGAAGUCGGGGUGGAUACGGUCAACCAAGAACAGUGCAAUAAGUGGAUGUCUGGUGAAAACAAUAUCGACGCCAGCAUGUUGUGCUCCGGUGGCAAGGGGGGCGAAGAUUCGUGCCAAGGCGAUUCUGGCGGACCCUUGACGAUGGAAACCAACGGUUCUGCAAAAUUGGUGGGGGUGGUCAGCUGGGGCGUUGAGUGUGCCGUAAAAAACAAGCCAGGCGUGUACAGCCGCAUCUCGAUGGCUCGCGACUUCAUUGAGCCGUACCUCAAGAAGUCCCCCACAUCGGCCCCUGGUACCACCACAGCCCCUGGCCCGACCAAACCUACCACCAUGCCCAACGCGACCACGAUGAGGCCCACGACUGCCCCCCCCAAGCCUGGUUGUACCACGUGCGACGUUUGCUACUAUGCUGGCGCCGACUACUGCUUGGAUGACUUCUCCAAGGAGGACUGCGAACACUACAUUCCUGAACAUGGAACGUUGUGGUGUGGUAACUAG